CUAGGUGCUGUCAACUUCCGUGUUGAUUGUGUCCUUGGCUCCUUGCAAUCCAUCCCCUUGUCACUACAAAACCUCAAUAAUGGCGUGCGGAGCUCUCCGCAACAAGAAAUACCGGUUGCUGCUACUCUGCACUUGCAUGUUCUUUCCAUUUCCCUCCCUGUAUAUCUGGGCUCUCUGCUCCUUCGGUUCAGAGGAGCAUACCAGCUGCUAGCCAAGGCCAAGCCACUGGAACAGUGUGCCGCUGACUUGUUGGUGAUGACGACUCCCAUGUCGCUCACGCGAGGCGGUUCGGCCGGCUUCUCCCCGGCGCUUGCUGUGUUGUGGUGCGCUGCUCUCACGGUGGCCGGUGGCCUGCCGCCGCCGGCGCUCGGCUGCUACUCGCGCAUCUUCAGCUUCGGCGACUCGCUGACGGACACCGGCAACUACGUCCACCUGACGGCGGGCAAGGGCCCAAGCCCCUACGGGGCGCCGCCGUAUGGGAGGACCUUCUUCGGCCGCCCCACCGGCCGGGCCAGCGACGGCCGCCUCGUCAUCGACUUCAUCGCGCAAGAGUUCGGGCUGGCCAACGUGACGGCCAUUCAGGUAGGCAACGGGCCGGCCGACUUCCCGCACGGCGCCAACUUCGCCAUCAUCUCCUCCACGGCGAACAACGCCUCCUUCUUCGCCCGCAAGGGCCUGGACAUCACCCCCUUCUCCCUCGACACGCAGAUGUUCUGGUUCCGCAGCCACCUGCAGGAGCUCACGCUGCAGAACGGCGGCGGCGGCGGCAACGUCCUGAGCGACGCGCUGGUGGCGCUGGGAGAGAUCGGCGGGAACGACUACAACUUCGCGUUCAACAAGGGGGUGCCGCGCGAGACGGUGCGCGCCUUCGUGCCGGCGGUAGUGGACAAGCUGGCGGCGGCCGUGGAGGAGAUGAUCGGGAUGGGGGCGAGGGCGUUCGUGGUGCCCGGGAACCUGCCGUUCGGGUGCGCGCCGCUGUACCUGCAGCGGUUCAGGGGCGCCCCCGCCAGUGAGUACGACGCGCGGACGGGGUGCCUUGCCUGGUUCAACAGGUUCGCCGAGUACCACAACCGGCUGCUCACCGCGCGGCUCGACGAGCUCCGGCAGCUGCACCCGGACGUCACCAUCGUGUACGCCGACUGGUACGGCGCCAUGACAAGCAUCUUCCAGAACCCUGGAAAGCUAGGAUUCACAAACGCGCUGGGCUCUUGCUGCGGGAACCAGAGCGUGCCGUGCGGGAAGAAAGGGUGCGCCGUGUGCGACGACCCAUCGACGUACGUCUCCUGGGACGGGACGCACCCCACGGAGGCGGUGUACAAGGUGAUCGCCGACGGCGUGCUACACGGCCCGCACGCCGCCCCUGUCCCCCUCGCCAAGACCUGCCCGCCCACCUGACCAAACCGCUCCUCCUCCUCCUCCUCCAUCCCUAGAGAGGAGAUCCAUCCAUUCUUUGUGCUACUUGUAUUGUGGCUAUUUACAUUAUUACAUUGUGUAGGUGAAGUUUACAUAUUAUUAAUUUUGUGUAGAGAAAGAACUAGUACAAAGUUAGCAUGGUGAUAUGAUCGAUCGACGGAUUGCAAAUUGCAUGAGUUUAGGGGGAAAGAAACUUGUACUGAUCUCCGAAGAAUCAUAUGGUGCAGUUUAAUGGGAAACUAUUUUAUUAAACUCUUAAGGUGAU